CCCCUCUCUCUAACACAUGUGGAAUGUUCAAACUGCUUUCAAAAACUGACCCAAGUCACGAUUGUUCUGAUCACUGAGAUCCCCGGGAAGAUGAAAUGGAAGCAGUUUAUUUUGCUUUCGUGUCUCGGGACCAUCUUUGUUCUGGGAAUUCUCAGGGAGAGUGAAAGCGCCGCGGUGCCUGUGGAUAAAGCGAGAACACCAGAGAACCAGGAACGAAUGAAGAGGCAGGUUUUCGCCUCUGAACAAGACGCCUCUAAUUUCUUUAAGCGUCGUGCUAAGCGCUCACCGAAAUCCAGGGCUGAAAUGAUGGCUGAGAACAGACAAAGGCUUGCAGCUGAUGAACGAAGGAAGGAAUAUCAUGAGGAACAGUUGGAUGAAUGGGAGAGUUUUGCAGAAGAGGAGCAAGAUGAACAAUAUGAAAGAUCUCGUGAAAAGAUUGAGUCGUGGCGUCAGUGGCACUAUGAUGGUCUCUACCCUUCGUACCUAUACAACCGCUACAUUUAUUGAAAGAAUCCAGUGAGCCUCAGAUUUAUUAGUUAAAGGUGAAACUGCAUACUUUAAUAUAAGGCAACAUCAUGUACAGAUUGGUUAGAUAGAACAGAUUUUGUGUCCUACAAUCUCAUUAAAGUUCUCUUCAAAGUGGCAACAGAAGGACGAGGAAUCAACUUAUAUUUUUGAUUUAUUGUGUGCAGCUUCUAUAGGCAUAGCUUUGAUAAAUACUGUAUGGCUUUCUUUCAAUGUUGUAACAAGUUCACAAAUUUGAAGCAUUGCUUCAUUCAAAAGAUUUUUCACAUUCCUGCAAAGAGGAAUAUUAAAAUUGCAUGAGGCAGUCUCCCAUAUGUAACAUACGUGCAGAAUAUCAGACUGCUAAGAAACAGCAAAAGCUUCAAGCUAUUAAAAUCUUUUCCCAUAGUUUAGGAUUUAUUUAAUCUAAGAUUCCCUGUAUUGAAGGAUAGCUUUUCUCAGCAACAACCUCUAUUUAUCAAGCACCUUUAUUGUUAUAGAAAGUCCUAUGGCGCUUCACAGGGAUGUAUAAAACAAAAUUAGACACCAAGGCAAAUAUUAAGGGAAAUGUCCAAGUACUUAAUUGAAGAGGUAAGUUUUUAAACAAGUCUUGAAGAUAGGGCAGAGAGAUUAGGAAAGAAAACUCAAAGUGUAGGGCCCAGGCAGCUGAAGGUUCCCCUUCAAUUCAAAUAUUUCUGCUGUAUAAUUUCCUUUUUACUAUAUACAUUUUAAUUAUGUACUUAAGCUGUACUACAACCGCAUGCAGAAUAUUAAAAAAUAACAGAAUAAAUAAUUUUAAUCCCAA